AUGGAUUCUUUACGUGAACAAGUUAUGAUAAACCAAUUUGUAGUAGCGGCUGGAUGUGCACGGGAACAAGCUAAACAACUCCUACAAGCUGCACAUUGGCAAUUUGAGACAGCCCUAUCAAUAUUUUUCCAAGAGGUUGCGAUCCCUUCCGGAGCUAAUGGUAUCGCUGCUCCGUAUCAUCAGCAACUAAUGACGCCGUGCAAUACACCAGCGACACCACCAAAUUUCCCCGAAGCUUUAGCAGCGUUCUCCAGAUUAUCGACAGGCAGUCCGAGCCAGGCGGGUGGCAACAGUGGAAUGGCUCCUCCUGUCUCACCCCUAGCGACCCACCCACCACAGAAUACUUACAACGGAGCGACUAACUCCCAAGCUAACUAUGCACCGCUAUCCUGUUCAACUGCUGUGGUAACAGAAAGUCAAAUUAAUUCUUAA